AUGGCACGCCUACUGUCGUACAUCUUUGUGCUCGGGGGCCUCUUCCUGGGCGCCCUGUCUGGCUCCGCAAACGGGGCCUCUGCUCAGGAACUGGCAUACCCCAAGCAGAAAGGCAGCAACUAUGACUACACCGGAUUCGAAAGCAACCAGACGGCGCGGGCGCAGGCCGUGGUGGAGAUGUUCCGGUACGCCUGGAAUGCGUACCACGUGCACGCGUUCCCGCACGACUCGCUGCGGCCGCUGUAUGGCAACUACUCGGACGACCGUGGCGGCUGGGGCGUGACGGCGGUGGACGGGCUCGACACGGCCAUCAUCAUGGAGCAGACGGACAUUGUCAACACCAUCCUGGAGCACGUGCGCACCAUCAAUUUCACAAAGACCAACACGCCAAAGCCUUCAAAGAUUAGCCUCUUCGAGACCAACAUCCGCUACCUCGGCGGUCUGCUUUCGGCCUACGACCUGCUAAAGGGCCCCUUUAGCCACCUGCAGGUCAAGGCGGAAAGCGUGGACGUGCUGCUCAGGCAGGCCAAGAGCCUGGCCGACACGCUCAAGUUCGCGUUCAACACCAAGAGCGGAAUCCCCGUGGGGCAGCUCUUCAUCGAGAACCAGACGUUCAGCGACGACAACAAGCUGGACAGCGGGGCGCAGUCGGCCGGGCUGGCGGAGCUGGGCACGCUGGUGCUGGAGUGGCAGCGGCUGUCGGACCUGACGGGCGACGCGCAGUACGGGCGGCUGGCGCAAAAGGCCGAGAGCUACUUCCUCAAGCCGUCGUCCGAGGUGUGGCCGGGGCUGACGGGCGGGCAGUUCAACUGCGACACGGGCGAGAUCCUGGACCGGUACGGCGGGUGGACGUCGGGCAACGACUCGGCGUACGAGUACCUGGUCAAGAUGUACGUCUACGACCCGGAGCGCUACGCCCACUACGGCGAGCGCUUCACCAAGGCCGCCGACUCCACCGUCGCCCACCUGCUGUCGCACCCCUCGUCCCGCCCGGACCUGACCAUGGUGACCACCUUUGCCGGCACGCGCCAGGUCAACUACACCGAGUCGCUGGCCUGCUUCAUCGGCGGCUCCUUCAUCCUGGGCAGCACGGCGCUAGCCCGGCCCGACUGGCUGCAGCACGGCCUCGACUUUAGCGAGUACUGCGCCAACGGCUACCGCCAGACCGCCUCGGGCAUCGGCCCGGCCCUCUACAGCUGGGACCUGCAGGACCUCAAGACCAACCGCGCCGUCGCCAACCAGACCGCCUUUUACGCCAAGGCCGGCUUCUACCUGCAGGACGGCUACAGCAUCGCCGGCCAGGCCCCCGAGGCCGUCGAGAGCUGGUACUACGCCUACCAGUGGACCGGCGACCGCUACUGGCGCGACGUCGCCUGGGCCGCCACCCUGGCCCAGAACCGGACCAUGCGCGUCCCGGGCGGCAGGGGCUUCGGCUACGUCAGGGACGUCCUCAGGGAGGACGGCGGCGGCGUCCUGGGCGCCAUCAUGCAGAGCUUCAUGCUGGCCGAGACCCUCAAGUACCAGUACCUCAUCCAGGCCGAGAAGAAGGGCGAGUGGGACGUCGGCGCCACCGCCAACCCGGGCCGCGGCGACAACAAGAACUUUUUUGUCUACAACACCGAGGCCCAUCCGCUGAGGGUCGCCGCCAAGACGCCUGUUUGA